UCUCUGCAAUGUGUAGGGAUCUCCAUCGAGGUUUUAGUACAAAAAUAUUCUAUUACAAACAACUAUAAAAACAGUCUCUCUUCACUCUCCAAUCAAGAAUCUAGCUUUCAUGGCAACUCCAGGCCGGCAAAACCUUCCCAACAAUCCACCCACAAUUUCUUCCAUCAAACACUAUUACAUCCCUCUUCUACUCCUCGCCACCUCUGUUUUCUUCCAGCUCGUCGUCUUGCCUCGCAGUUUUCCCCCAUCUCACUACGAUGUUUUGGGGAUUCCCAAGUAUAGCUCUAUCGAAGAAGUCACUCAGGCCUACGAGAAGAUCACCUCUAGAUGGAACUCAAGUGUAACAGUUCCUCCAGAAGUCGAUCUUGUCAAGGUUCAAUAUGCCUAUGAGUUGCUAACAAAUCAGUUGUUGAAGAGAGACUAUGACAUAUUUAGCAUCGAUGAAUAUAUUGAUGUUGUUGACAAAGUCAAGGAGCAGCAUUCUGGGAAACAUUUAUCUGAAAUUGACCUUCCACUUAUUGAGGCUGCUUCCUUUGAUCCUGUCGAUCAAGAUCUGGAAGUCAUCAAAUCCGAGAACUUCUCGUCCAUAUUUGAAGAUGACAAGCCACUCCUCCUGCAGAUAAUUUCUACCGGAAGCAAGCGCUCGUUGGAGUUUUCGGCUACUUGGAAGCGAAUUGUCAGUUUACUGGAUGGGGUUGCAAAUACCGGAGUGGUUGAACUUAGUGAUGUUAAGCUUGCUGCAUAUCUAGCUGAAAAAAAGUCCAAUGGUCAACCUUUUUUUAGAAAUGGACUUCCAACAAUUUUGGGUUUUCCACCUGGGUGUAAAAGUUCCAGCUGUCUUUAUAGGUAUGAGGAUGAGCUUUCUGUUGAUGCAGUAACAAAUUGGUUGGCUACAAGCAUCCUAAAUUUACCUCGUAUUCCAUAUCACUCAAAGGAGUCACUGGUGCAAAAUUUUCUGGUUAAGAGUAAACCUCAUCAGGUUAAGGUGAUUCUCAUCUCAAAAACGGGUGAGCGUGCUACUCCAUUCAUUCGCCAGGCUACCAGAACUUACUCACCAUAUGCCACCUUCGCCUUUGCUAUGUGGAGACAAGAGGAGUCCGCUUUCUGGUGGAAUAUGUUUGGUGUGGAGUCCGCUCCCGCAAUAGUAUUUGUGAAAGAUCCAGGAGUCGAACCUGUGGUGCAUGAAGGAUAUGUCAACAGUUCGACGUUUAUAGAUCUCAUGGAGAAAAACAAGUAUCACGUACUUCCCCAGUUGAGAAGCCUGACCUCGAUGGAGUUGGGUUGCGAUGUCAAUGGUCAUUCACGUGCCGGGAAAGAUACCAAGAUAUGGUAUUGUGCCCUUGUUGCUGGAAGGCCGAGCCCUGAACUCAGUAAAAUGCGCCAAACCAUGCGCAAAGUGCAAGAUAAACUUACGGAAACGACAGGCACAGCUGAUCAAGAACCCGCAUCUGCUCCCGCUGCGUCAGCACUUGAACAAAAGCGACUAACAUUUGCCUGGCUAGACGGGGAGGCCCAGAAUAAAUAUUGUUUCUUCAAUCUCCAUUCAGAAGAUAGCUUUGAGACGUGUGGGCCUAGACGCAGUAUGGUGGACGCAGCUCGUUUGUUCAUAGUGCGUUACGAGAGGUUCCCUAGGGAUGAGAAGCUAGACGCGAAGAGACAGGAGCACAUCUUGCAUUCUUGGUAUCAGACUGAGUCUGAUCCGGUGUCGACACUGGUUGCCAAGUACAAUGGCUCAAGCGAAACAUCCGAGAUCAUAAGCUGGAUUUCUCGAAUAAUUUAUGAUGGCGACUCCAGAGAGAUCCCUCCUUUUAGAACAAAAUCUCCGGAGCUGGUGCCUGAGGAGGCCGAUCAGAGCUGGGCGCAGAACACCAAAAGGCUCGUCCCUUCAGGAGGCAACAUCAAACACUUGGCCAGCAGCUUCAGAUCCCGUUUCACUGAUCACCUCGGUGAUCCAAGAAUCGGACCAUCUCUGCUUCUGCUAGCUUUGAUGUCGUCCGGCUACAUUUGGCUAAUUAAAAACCGAUCAGCUCAAACUCAAACUCAAACUCAAUCCAACGACAGCCAAAACGAGUCCGAUCAAACAAAGGAAGAGGAGAUACGUAGGCGAGAAGAGGAGAAACGAAGGCGAAUGAGGGGUAAAAGAGGAAGUGUGUCCAACCAGCUUAUCCCUCCCUCGAUUACUGAUUUUGAUCCCAAAAAUGCAGAGCAAGUGGCGUUUUCGGACUCUGAUUCCGAAUAGUAGGAUUCAAGAAUCGCCUUUCACGGAUAUUUACACAAGAAGCGCUGUUCAGAAACACGCUAAUUGGCCUCACUUUUUUGUUUUUCUAUUUUCUUGCAACGUUAGAUUUUGAGAUGUAGCAUAGGUUGAUCUUAUUUGUCAAAUCAUUUGAAUUAUAGAAAUGAGUUUUAAUGUACUAUAUUUUGCAUGAA